CCUCGCCUGACCAAUGGGCGACGUCCUAACAGAUGUUGGCUACGCAACGGGUUGGUAAACGAACUCCUGAGCAUCCUCCGCUGCUGUCAUCAUUUUUGGGACGCGAUGGGACGCAGGAAGUCCAAGAGAAAGCCACCACCCAAAAAGAAGAUGACGGGCAACCUGGACACCCAGUUCACCUGUCCGUUCUGUAACCACGAGAAAUCCUGCGACGUCAAGAUGGAGAGAACUCGGAACACGGGAAUCAUAUCGUGCAGCGUGUGCUUGGAGGAGUUUCAGACUCCUAUAACAUAUCUUUCUGAACCCGUGGAUGUUUACAGCGACUGGAUCGACGCCUGCGAAGCGGCCAAUCAGUAGUCACAUCGACACAACUCACGCCUCCCUCGAAUUGUUUUUAGUUCCACUUUUGUUCACCGAGUCACAUUCCUCUGGUCGGGUCGGAGUGACUUCCCAUUGUAAAUAGAAACAUGUUUCACGUCUGUACGUAGCCUCCACUUGUUUGGGGUAGAUGUUUUAUUUUUCCUGUUGAUGGACAAAACCGUCUUGGAAAUUUUUCCACUGUUAAAGUAUUAUUUCACCCCCAUUUAAAUAAUCUGCCAUUUACUAUUUUUAAGUUUUAAUUUUCUAAAGUUUGUGUUUUACUGUUUUUAUUUUAGUUUUGUUUCUGUAGGACCUGUGUCAGUGAUGCACUGAAAAAAAAACAACCCAAAAAAACUUGCCAACUUUUUUAUCCCAGCGGUUUUCAUAAUCGUCUUGUGUUUUCGCGCCACUGUGAUGCAUUCCACACCGGUGAUUAAAGCAAUGAAAUCACAGUC